GUACAACGGCCCCUCUGUGAUCUCGCUCGCAUGCUGAUUCUCCGGGAAGACCCUAAUUGAACGCGCUGAUACCACCAUAUAGCCGCAUUUGCUGAGACGGGGUCAACUAUGGCGUUGAUUUAGUCCUCACGAGGAAGGGAACCUCCCUGCAACAAGGUAGACAGAUGAUUUGCUGACGGCAGGUGGGGGAGUCUUGUUGUAUUCCAAUGACUCGGCGAGAGAGAAAGCAGUCCGAGAGCCGACGACGGACGGGCUGCUGGACAUGUAAGGAAAAGCAUAUCCAAUGCACCGAGGAAUGGCCGGUAUGUAGCCGGUGCGAACGACUGGGCGUGCGAUGUGUUCGUGGCCUCAAAUUGCUCUGGAGAGAGGAUGCGGCUCAGAGGGGUAUACACUUUGGUCGAGAAGGGACAUGGUCAAAACGUCCGACGACCAAACCGCGUACCAAAAUCGGAAUUGAUCAUGAAUUCGAUCCUGUCCCUUUGGACCAGUAUAUAGGUCGAUGGCUAUUUUUGAAUACGACAUACUGGGACUUUGGCGAAAGUGACGGGGAAGAAAUACCCAAAUGCUCGUUGGAGCAAUUGGAGGAGAUUGCCCAGUCGGUGAACGGUGUGGUCCGCUCCUCUCCAUGUCGGCCUCUAGGCCAUCCAUUAGUGCAUUAUUGCCCGGUCGAGAGCUUCCUUCUUGAUUAUUUCAUCCGGGGUAUCGCACCUUUCUGCUCGCUCAGCACCGAAUGCAACCCCUAUUUAUCGCUUGUCACGCCGCUGGCUUUGAAUUAUCAACAGCCCCAUAAGCCGCUGAGAAACACCCUCCUUGCUAUUGCUGCAAACCAACUUCAGCUCCUCGGCAACCACACGUAUGAGAGGGAAGCAUUUGUGUUCAAGCAGAAGGCGCUACAUGGCUUACAGAAUGAGAUCAACAAUAGAAAGCCAAGCGCUGGCACAGUCGCCACGGUCUUGAUGCUCUGUUUCCAUGAUAUAACUGAUGGAUGCACCCCAUCAUGGACAACACAUCUUCGUGGGGGUCUUCGGCUCAUGGCAAUGCUUCCACAUCAGAUGUGCGAGAGCGAGGCGCUGAAGAAGUUUUUCGUGAUGUAUUUUGUCGCUCAUGACAUUAUGGGUCGAACGGGAGCUGAAGAUUCCUCGGAGAUGGGACAAGAAGACCAUUCAUGGCUGGAGGACGAUGACCUUGAAGAGAUUGACGUAUUGAUGGGUUGUUCGAGGGGAUUAAUGACCUUGAUAAAUAAGAUAUCUGCUCUAGCCUCAAAGAAAUCAAAGGUCAUGAAAACGCGUCGGCUUUCACCACAAGAAGUCUCGACUUUCAAUGCGGCGAGGAAUGCCAUUGAGGACGAAUUACGAGUUCUCCACCAAAAGCUACCAAGCUACGCCCCUUUCCAAGCAGACCUCUUACGUAUUGCCGAAACAAAAAGACUCGCAGCGAUCUUAUAUUUGCGCGAACGCCUGGGAAGUCCGGCUGGUCUUUGCUACUUUUAUCCGCUUGAGAAGUUUAGUCGGCACCACAAGCAUGACCCUGAGCAUCGGUAUAAUAAUACAGGAAACCCAUCUCUCGGCAAUCAGGUCACUACUUCAGGUGCCGUGGAGACGUCGCCCUCAGGAUUCAAAGCCCGAAUCAUCAGCAUGAUAAUAAGCCUGAUAGAUACGCUCCCCGACUCUCCUACACUGCUAUGGCCACUGUUUAUUGUGGGUAACGUGGGGUUGGAUGAUGAGCAGCAUCGCCGUUUUGUGCUGGAUAGAUUAACGAGCAUUCAGAAGACGCGCAAUUUGGGCAGCGUUCGAAGAGCGCGAAUGGUCGUUGAAAAUGCAUAUCGUGCAAAGGAUAUUGAUUUCCCGCGAGGCAAGGUUUGGGGAGACAAUGAGCCAGGGGUGAUUAGCUUGGCAUGAUACGUUCAAAUCUUCUUUCUUCACCCCAUGCAAGUGGUGUUCACUUCUUUUCGGCAUUGCUGAUGUUAGGAUAUUUUAUUGUUGUUGCUCUGUUUGUCAGUUCUUGGUUGGGGCUCCUUACUACCUUAUUUCUUCUCCCCCUUCCUUUUCCACUAAGUCCCUAUAGAAAGAUUCUAUACUUGUAAUCCUUUUUAUAUUUUAGAAAAGUCAUUUAGUCACUUUACAGUCCUCCUUCCAAGGUUAUUUGAUAAGCGACAACUAAAUAAAAAUUCAAGGAUAUAUAUACUUGUU